CGGGGGGACAGCCCGGAGCCGCGGAGCAGCGAUGAGCCGCCACCCGGACCGCGACGGCCCGCUGGACGGCUUUGAUUCUCAUGCCUAUCUUGGACUGACUUGCUGGGCUUACCAGGUCCUGACCCUCAGAACUCCCUUGGUCCUCAAUGUCCUUUGCACAAGUUUUCUGAAGAGUUCCUUGGUUCCCACCUAGAUGCCUGGAUUCAUUUUUUUUUUUUUUAUUGUUCCUCCUUCCUAUCGUUUGCAGCAAGGAUUAUUUUUCUAUGGCUAAUUUUUUUCUUAACAAUUAAAGUCUUGGAUGGGACACUUGCCUCUACCUGGCAAACUUUCUGACAAAGACCUAAGGCUAUUAAUUCUAGCCUUUACGUGAGCCAACAAUGUAAUGUGGGUGCCAAAAGAGAGUUCAUGUAGACUCAGUCACAUUAAUAGUUACUACUUAUUGUUCACUUUACUCCCUUCCUGGCACUUUGCUCAGCAGCUUGCAUGCUUUGCCACAUUUAACCCUUCCAAUGACUCAAUAAAAUGGACAUGGCUAUUUUCCCCCUUUGUCAGUUUAUUUUUAGGACCUAAAAUUUGGGGGAGGAAUGUGCCUUUAGGUGUACAGCUCAAUUCCAGGGCUUCACCAUUUGUCCCUAAAGCAUGUUGAAUACAUCCUUUCAAGUGAAAAAUAAGUAAAAGUGAAAGCUGGAACUAAAAUUCAUCAUUGGAGCACUGGAUGGUUCAGCCUUCAGGGAGAUACUCAUCAACGCGAGAUGGUUCCAAGUAAGAGGAGUGCUGUUCUUGUGGAUGGGGUUAUACUGAAUGGCCCCACGACAGAUGCAAGAGCAGGAGAAAAAUUUGUUGAAGAUGCCUGUAGGCUAAUAAUGGAAGAGGUGGUUUUGAAGGCUACAGAUGUCAGUGAGAAGAUAUUUUGGACCUGCUUUACUUUGGAGCACACUGCUUUUCUGGUUUGUGAGUGGCGGCCCCCUGAACAGCUGAAACAACUUCUUGAUUUGGAGAUGAGGGACACAGGAGAGCCACACCACAGGCUGUUGGAGCUCUGCCAGGAUGUCAUACGCUACAGCGUCAAAACUAACCAUCCAAGAUUUUUCAACCAGUUGUAUGCUGGACUUGAUUAUUACUCCUUGGUGGCCCGAUUUAUGACAGAAGCAUUAAACCCAAGUGUUUAUACGUAUGAGGUGUCCCCAGUGUUUCUGUUAGUGGAAGAAGCGGUUCUGAAGAAAAUGAUUGAAUUUAUUGGCUGGAAAGAAGGGGAUGGAAUAUUUAACCCAGGUGGUUCGGUGUCCAAUAUGUAUGCAAUGAAUUUAGCUAGAUACAAAUAUUGUCCUGAUAUUAAGGAAAAGGGGCUGUCUGGGUUGCCAAGAUUAAUCCUUUUCACAUCCGCAGAGUGUCAUUACUCUAUGAAGAAAGCAGCCUCCUUUCUUGGGAUCGGUACAGAGAAUGUUUGCUUUGUGGAAACAGAUGGAAGAGGUAAAAUGAUACCUGCAGAACUGGAGAAGCAAAUCUGGCAAGCCAGCAAAGAGGGAGCAGCUCCAUUUCUGGUCUGUGCUACGUCUGGUACAACUGUGUUGGGGGCCUUUGAUCCUCUGGAUGAAAUAGCAGACAUCUGUGAGAAGCAUGGCCUCUGGCUUCACGUGGACGCUUCUUGGGGUGGCUCAGCUUUGAUGUCCAGAAAACACCGCAAGCUUCUGCAUGGCAUCCACAGAGCUGACUCUGUGGCCUGGAACCCCCACAAGAUGCUGAUGGCUGGGAUUCAGUGCUGUGCUCUCCUUGUAAAAGACAAAUCUGACCUUCUUAAGAAAUGCUAUUCUGCCAAGGCAUCUUACCUCUUCCAGCAGGAUAAAUUCUAUGAUGUCAGCUACGACACGGGAGACAAGUCUAUCCAAUGCAGCAGGAGACCAGAUGCAUUCAAGUUCUGGAUGACUUGGAAGGCCCUGGGCACAUUAGGCCUUGAAGAAAGAGUUAAUCGUGCACUCGCUUUAUCUAGGUACCUUGUAGAAGAAAUCAAGAAAAGAGAAGGAUUCAAGUUAUUGCUGGAACCUGAAUAUGCCAAUAUUUGCUUUUGGUACAUUCCACCAAGCCUCAGAGAGAUGGAAGAAGGACCUGAAUUCUGGGCAAAACUUAAUUUGGUGGCCCCAGCCAUUAAGGAGCGGAUGAUGAAGAAGGGAAGCCUGAUGCUGGGCUACCAGCCCCACCGGGGGAAGGUCAAUUUCUUCCGCCAAGUGGUGAUCAGCCCUCAAGUGAGCAGGGAGGACAUGGACUUCCUCCUGGAUGAGAUAGACCUCCUGGGGAGAGACAUGUAGCUGUGGCUUUUGGUUCCCCAGAGACACGGGUCCUGUUCUGGGGAGACUUAGAGAACCAGGGCAUCUGGGGACACAGAAGAGAUGGCAGCCCUUCUGGUGAGAAGUAGGAAAAACUCCCUGGCAUGGCCUGGUAAAACAAAAAUGCUAAGGAAAUAGUGUUAAGGACUCUUUAGCUGCCUGGGCACUACUGUUAUUAUAAAGGAGAAAGUAAAAAAUUGAUAUUCUCAAGGACUGUCUUUAGGAUACCACCUGGAAGACAGUUUAGUAAGUACUGCAUAGGGCCUGGAUUCUAAGCUUCCAUUGUUCUUUCAAGAACAUAUAAAUUCAUAGUUGAAAGCAGUGGUUCUCAAAAUGGUGGUCCCUAGACUAGCACCAUCAACACUGCCUGGGAACUCAUUAAAAAUGCAGAUUCUCAGCCUCGCCCCAGACCUACUGAAUCAGACACUCUGGGUAUGCAACUUGGCAUAUUUUAACCAGCCUUCCAGGUGAUUCUGAGGCAAGGUAAAAUUUGAGAACCAGUAGUUUAGUGAAACCUUAUAAAGACUGAAUAAUAACUGAUAUUUUUCCAGCAAAGAAUUACCUAACAUUUCAGUGGUCCCUGAACCAGUGUCUGAAAAUAUGGCUGAGCAUCUGUAGCACUAAUCAUUAGGGACAUCAGAAGUAUAUCAAAACUAUUUUUAAAAGGAGAAACUAUUUAAGAUGUUUGCUUUAUGAAGAUAUAUCUUUUAUGCAGCUGAAUGCUUAUUCUCAAAAGCUAAAAUUAACCAUUAUCUAUUCUAAAUUACUUAAAUUAGAGGUAAGGGUAAAGACAAACGUGUUGUAGCAUGGCCCUUUCAAUCAAAGCAAUAAUUUCAAUUCACUUCCCAAAGCACUUGUGUCAUUAGCUUGGAGUAGACAUUAGGCACAGAUAUAUCUAACUGUGUACCUGUUUUAGUGUGAGGGGGCCCAUUUCUUAUCUUGUUCUCUGCUUAGAAAAAAUAAACAGAAUGAAGUCCAGGGUUAUACAACAUUCCCUUUCUCAAGCUUUGAAUCGUCAGUGUAGACUAUUAAGUGGUUUAUAUUAGGCAGAGAAUCUGGGAAUUAGAGGCCUUACAGUAAAAACACCUCCUCCAUUUCUCCUGGGAGUGGAUGAUUAUAAUUCUAUCUCUGAUCCUGGUCCUGGAUUUCUAGGAGAAUUCUAUUUGGCUAAGAAAUAAACAGAAUUCAGAGGUGUGGGUGCAGAGUAAAACCAGGUAAGAUUGUGAAUCUAAUUAGAACUCUGGUUUGGAAGGCAAAAGAUGGAAGAGCAUUUAAGAAUUAGACUUAGUGUAUUCAAUAACCUUUCAUACAAUAUUACAAUAUCAUUAGCUUUUGUUGAUUAAAUUUGAAGAGUAAAAAGCAAAUGUGUACUGUUUGUUUUUAUUCCAUAUUUUCACUUUAGGAUAUGUGGUUUCUCAAUAGCUCCAUUGGUCAAAAAAUAUUUUAAUCUUUCUCUGAAUUACUUUAUUCUCUGGCGAUAACUAUUUGUGACUGAGUGUGUUUUACCUACCUUGUUGCUCUUUUUGUUGUGAUGUCUACAUAAAAUGUUCCUGAAAUUGAUGUUUGCAAUAAUUCUGGUUUAAUGAAAUAAAAAGCUACAUUAGCACACA